UGAAGGCCAGGUCGCGUGUUGCUGCAGCCUUCUCUGGCUCCUCGGUAGUUCAGAUCGAGUGCAUACAUCCACUUCCUUUCGAGCCCGACCUGCGCGACUCGCUAUCGCAGCAUCGCCCCGCAGAGCGAGAUGGCAGCUUGCACGGCAAGCCCGACUGCGUGGUUGGUUGUGCUAUUUGGCCACAUAAUACCCACCGCAGCUGCCCUCCAAGUGCAGCAGCGCACCAACACGUCCUCUGAGUCCAGCACUACCUGGACGUUGCUGCUCAGCUCGACCUUGGGCAACACCAACAUUGGGGAUUUCUCCAGUGGCUCCACGUACGGCAGCGAGAGCAGCUACACCUGGUCAGACUAUCGGAUCGGAUACACUGGGUCGCAGCUCCAGGCUAUCGGCAUGUUUGGUAUGCGCGUCACUACCGCAUCUGGGUAUUCAGUUGAGCAUUUCUGGACCUUGAGCACCUCGGGUUUCGACAACACGUGCACGAGCUGCAAUUGCGGCGGCAACAGCCUCGGAAGCGACUACUACUGGCACGGUGGACGCGGCGGUUGCUGGGGCUCGACGCAUUUCGGGCUCAAGAAGGAGGCCGACGUGCACAGCUCGUGCAACGUCGGGGGCCUGGAAGAGGGCAAUGCCUGGGGUCAUUUUCACCGCGUGCAUAUCAACACGGGCGUCUACUUUUUCGGCGACAGUUGCAUCAAUUCUUGGAUUUCAACGAGUGGGGCGAGCGGUACUACUUCUGGGGCGCCCUUACGUCGCCGACGCCCUACCCGACGCCAUACCCGACGGCCUUCCCGACGCCCUACCCGACGCCAUACCCGACGCCCUACCCGACGCCCUACCCGACACCCUACCCGACGUCCUUCCCGACGUCUUACCCGACGCCCUACCCGACACCCUACCCGACGGCCUUCCCCACGGCCUACCCGACGUCUUACCCGACGCCCUACCCGACACCCUACCCGACGGCCUUCCCGACGUCUUACCCGACGCCCUACCCGACGCCUUACCCGACAGCCUACCCGACUGCCUUCCCGACGUCAUUCCCGACGCCUUACCCGACGGCCUUCCCGACGCCAUUCCCGACGGCCUUCCCGACGCCCUACCCGACGGCCUUCCCGACGCCCUACCCGACCGCCUUCCCGACGCCCUUCCCGACGCCCAGCCCAACGCCGAGCCCGACGUAUCCUGUGGGUUGGCCAACGCCACAUCCAACUUUUCUUCCUGGAGCUCCCAUGGCAGGAGGAGCUGGCGGGGGCGUAGCUGCCACUGGCGACCCCCACCUUCAAAACGUUCACGGCGAGCGGUUCGAUCUGAUGAAACCAGGCAAGCAUGUUUUGAUAAACAUCCCCCGCGGAAUGAGCGCUGGCGCCGCAUUGCUUCGGGUGCAGGCCGAUGCGCGCCGAUUGAGUGGACCCUGCGCGGAUGUGUACUUCCAAGAGUUGAACGUCACAGGGUCUUGGGCAGAGGCAAAACAGAAUGGAGGGUAUCAUUACAGCGUGCCGCAAAGAGAUGUGGAGGCUCCGCAAUGGGUUGCGCUUGGCAAGGUUGAGUUGAAAGUCGUGGUUGGACGUACGGAGAGUGGCCUCCAGUACUUAAACGUAUACGUCAAGCAUCUAGGGCGAGCAGGGUUUGCAGUUGGCGGUCUCCUGGGGGAAGACGACCACAAAGACGCAAUGACUCCUUCAGCGUCCUGUGCCAAACAUACGCAGCUAGCUCAGUCGAGUGGCGGGGCACAUUCCCCUGCGCUGUGGGUUGCCACGGCCACGUUCGCGUGACAAUACGGGCCACCAUGACAUACGAAGGCAUGACAUAUGAGGGCCUUCCUUUUGUUCCGACGCUUGCUGUAUCGCGUACGCAUGUCUUUCAACCUAGGCGCGCCUCAUUGCGUCACAUUUGAUGGAGGAGGCGUGUUCGAGCGAGAGUUCUCCAAGGAGCUGGGGACAUGUGUUGCCGUCUGAUGACCAGCCCUUUUGCUACGCCGCAGCAUUGUCAUGUCCACCGGAAAAAUCGGGUUGCCACUCUGCGCUGUCACAGGCCCCCGCUGCUCGCCGGGUUGGUCUUGCUCGUGGAGCUCUUGUUGUUUC